AUGAUGCAAGAGCUCAAAUAUAUUCAUUGUCGAAAUAAUGAUUUCAAUGGUAGUAUAUCUGCCUAUAAUCGAGAUUAUUAUUCUCAUUCAAGAAAUGUUUUUAAUUAUUUAUCAUAUAAUAAUAUUCAUCAUUAUCAGCAACAGCUACAGUUAAAACGUUUGUCAAAUCGUAUUAGACAACAAAUUCAUACGAAUCAAUGUCAACGACAACUUCUUCGUUCACACCGAUAUUCACAACAAAAUCAAGAAAAUAACAAUCACGACUCAACAAAUAAAUUUCAGACGAAAUGUAAUCAAGAUCAAAAUUGGUUUCAUGCUCUAUUAAAAUGCGUUUCUCCUUCAACAUCUACAUCUUCUACUUCAAAUCAAAGUUUAUCACCACGUACACAUCAUUCACAAUCAACUUCAUUAUCCUAUAAAUCUACUAAGACAUCUCCGUUAAUUGAUUUUUCGUUUAAAACUAUAUUAAAUUCAUCAUCAAAUACUUGUCCAUGUCGUAUAAUAUUAGUUGUUGAUGGUGCGACAACGAGUCUUAAUAAUCUUUGUCAUAUGUUCGAACAAUUAAAUAUUGAUUUAAUCAUGAAUAAUAACAAUACAAAAGUUCAAGUUGAACAUGAUCUUUGGUGUCUUGGUGGUCUUGAUGCUUAUACAUUUACAUUAACUGAUUCAAAAUCAUCAACACUUUCAUUAUGUAUAAAUAAAUUAAAACAAUUUCAAUUAACUAAAAAUGAUCUUUUUUGGUUUACAUUUCCACGUGUACAAUUAAAAAUUGAUGAAAAUACAAUUGAUAAUGAAUUAAAUUCAUCAAUUAAAUUCGAGUUUAUUGAUUCAUCACUUAAUCCAUUUGAAAUAAAAGAUAAUGAAAUAGAAUUUGAUAAAAAAAUUUGUUCACUUAAUGAAGGUAUUUAUGUUGAAAUGAGUUUUGGUUCAUUAGUUUCAUUAGGAUCAUUUCAUUGUUUUGAAACGAUUAAAAAAUUUAAUGGAAAUAUUCGAACAUGGAAAAUGACAUUUUAUCAAAAUCAUUUUGAUAUUGAUUAUCAAAAAACCUCAUCGGAUAAUUCACUUGAAGAAUAUAGAAAAAGAAUUAAAUCAGAAUUUAUUGAUAAUUGUGCAGUUAUUAAUACAUUAAAUGAUGGGUUUUUAAUUUAUCUUAAUAUGAAAGCAAAUUGUAUUGAUUAUUAUAAUCUUGAUCGAACAAAACCUGGUUUAGAUAAUUUUAUUCGUGUUGCACCACGAGAACCACGACCAUUAUGUUCAACAUUUCGUCUUUUGAUUAAAAUGGAUAAUAAUGUUCUUCCAGAAAAUUUAACAAGACAUUUAAAUGAAAUAAAAGUUGUAUUUUCACAUUUUUUAUCAUUCUUUUCAAGAAAUUAUAUAGCUAUUACUUAUGGAUCUAUUCAAACAUCUCCUGGUUUAAUUCUUCGUCCAUUAAAACCACCAUUUUCUUCAUUUAUAAAAAAUUAUGGUUGGUCAAUUCUUAUAUCACUUGGCUAUCGUUUUCAUCAACGUGUAACACCAUUAUUUACAGCUAAAAUGUAUACUAUUGAAGAUGAUGAAGAUUUUUAUCAUACAUGUAUACAUUUAUGGAGACGUACAAAAGAACAUUUAUUUAUUGAUUUAUAUGAAGAAUUAAUUGAUUAUUUAUCACAUCAAGCACGUAUACGUGCUGAAGAACGACAAACAUUUUUAUUAAAAACAACAAUAAAACAGCCACCAAGAAAUUAUCAAUAUGUACCAAGUGUUACAUUAACACCAACAACAAUUAUUAUCAAACCUUUAAAAUUAUGUAAAACAAAUAGAGUUUUACGAGAAAAAAAAUUUGGUGGACCAUUUAAUUUUGCAUUAGUGGAAAUUCGUGAAGAAGAUGGUGGUGUUUUAUAUCCACUUGAUUUUCGACAAAUACGUUGGAAAUUAAAACAAUUAUUAGUUGAUGGUUUCACAAUAGUACCAAAUCGUCUAUAUAAAUAUUUACAUCAUUCACAAUCACAGUUAAAAGAAAAACAAUUUUGGUUUUAUUAUCAUCAUUUAUCAACAAAUAAUUUUGAUGAAUGUCAAAAUCUGUCGUUUGAAGAAAGUUAUUUAUGGAUGGGCAACUUCGAUAGUGAACGUGUUGUUGCUAAACAUACAGCUCGUAUAGCACAAUGUUUUACAAGUACAGAAGAAACAAUUCAGAUUCCGGCGGAAUAUGUAAAAUAUAUUAAUGAUGUUGAAACAACUGAUGGAAAAUAUAAUUUUACAGAUGGUUGUGGAACAAUGUCGACCAUAUUACGUGAUGAGAUCCAAAACAAACUUGGCCUUCAUUAUCCAUUCAGUGUAAUGCAAAUUCGAUAUGGUGGUUGUAAAGGUGUUCUGUCUGUAUGUCCUGAAUUGAAUGAAUGUUCUCAACAACUUGUCUUACGUUAUUCAAUGCGUAAAUUUAGUUCUGAACAUGAUAUUCUUGAAUCAUGUCGUAUAUCUGCACCACGUCCACUUUAUUUAAAUCGUCAAACAAUUGUUUUACUUUCACAUCGUCAUGUUCAUGAUGUAAUUUUUUUAUUAUUACAACAAGAACAUCAUUUAUGGUUAAUUGAAUCAUUAUUAUAUCCAUCUGUAACAUAUGAUUUUCUUUAUGAUAAGUUAACACGAAAUUUUUUUCCAUUACGAGAAUUAUUUCUUGAUGGACAAUUAAAUUUAGCUGAAGAACCUUUUUUUCGUCAAUUAAUUGUUACAUUUAUUCAUCAUGAUUUAAUUAAAAUGAAAGAAAAAUCACGUACACGUAUACCUAAACAAUCAGCUAGAAAUCUUAUUGGUGUUGUUGAUGAAUAUGGAGUUUUGGAAUAUGGUGAAGUAUUUGUUCAGUUUAGUAAUUUACGUUCUAAAAGUCUUUAUCGUCAAUAUCAAUCACAAAAUAAUUCUCCAAAUACGAAUGAUUUAGAUGAUCAAAUAUCAAAUGAACAUGAAUGGACAGAAACAACAAUAUUAAAUAAUACUCGUGUUGUUGUAACUAAACAUCCAUGUCAUCAUCCAGGUGAUAUGAGAACAUUCAAUGCUAUUGAUAAACUUGAAUUAAGACAUUUACGUGAUUGUAUUGUAUUUCCUCAAAAAGGUAAAAGACCACAUUCAAAUGAAAUAAGUGGUUCUGAUCUUGAUGGUGAUGAAUAUGCUGUUUUUUGGCUUGAUCUUCUUGUACCAAAUACAGAAAAUUUUGAACCAUAUGAUUAUGAUUCUCAACGACCACCUAUACCAUUAUCACGUUCAGUAACACGUGAUGAUAUUGUUGAUGUUGUUUUAACAAUAUCUGAACAAGAUUGUUUAGGAAAAUUAUGUUGUACACAUUUAGCUUAUGUUGAUAAAUUAGGUGUACAACAUGAUGAAUGUAUUGCUAUAGCAGCAGCUAUUUCAGAAGAAUUAGAUGCUGGUAAAACUGGUAAACAUCCAUUUAAUGAACAAAAAAUAAAAGAAUUAAAUACAAAAUUAGAUUAUAAAAGACCAGAUUAUAUUGAUAAAGAUCAAUUUGAACUUUAUCCAAGUGAACAUGUACUUGGUAAAUUAUUUCGUUCAAUUCUUCGUUCUCAAUCAACAUGGUCAAUUAUAAAUCAUUCAGCUUAUCAUCCAGAAGAAAAAGAUCCAUCAUAUAAUAUAUUAUCAACAAUUGAACGUGUACCUAUUGAUGUACAUCUUAUACAUCCAAGUUAUCAUCGAUAUACAUCAUCGGCAUUAGAUUUAUAUCGAACCUAUCGUGAUGAUUUAUUAAAUAUAAUGUUUGCAUAUCAUUUUGUAUCUGAUAUUGAUUUAAUUUGUCGUUUUGAUUCCCAACAACAACAAUGUAUGUCAAAACAUAUUGAUGUUGCUGAUUCUGCACAAGUUGAAUUAAAAGCAUUAAUGGAUAGAAUUAAAACUUUAUUUUAUGCUGAAUUUAAUGCAAAAGAAGAAACUGAGCGUUUAAGAAUGUCAAUGAGUGGUAUUGGAUCUUCAACAAUGAAUAUGAAAAAAGAAGGAGAAAUCACUUAUUUAGAUGAAAAAUUAGCUAAAGCUAGUGCAUGUUAUGUUGUUUGUUAUCAAUAUGAGCAAGCACAACAUCCAAAACGAAUUCUUUCCUUUCCCUGGUUAUUUUCACGUCUUCUACUUCAACUUCGACAACGAAAUUUAGCAGUUAUGGCUAAAGCAAUUGAAAGACCGAUAAUACAAUUACGUGAAUAUGCAAUAGUAGCUCGUGUAAUGAAAAAUGCACUUAUGGGAUUAGUUGAACGAAGAGAACUACGAUUUUAUGUUGAAUUUAUUGAUAAUACAGAAGACUUAACAAUUAUAAAUAAAGAAAUUAUUUUACGAUUAGAUAAUCCAACAACAGGUGUUGAAUAUGAUAGUGUUCAUAUACAUCUUAUUGAAAUAUGUUUUAUUGAAAUUAUUCAUAACUGGUUAUGUCAUCAACGUGUAUUCGAUACAAAUAAUAAUACUAGUCUAUCAAUAAAGAAAAAAACGAUUAUUAAUGAACAACAUUCCUGGCAACAUAUAUUAACAAAAUUUGUUUAUGAAACAAAUGAAGGAAGUCCAUUUGAUUGUUCCAAUUUAAUUAUACGACAAGGACAAUCAUCGGAAAAUUAUUAUUCUUCAAUAAAAAAUUUCUUAUCAUAUUGGCCAUAUGAUGGCGAUGAUUAUAAUCAAUGGCCAUAUGAUGAAUAUAUUUCGACAAUGUAUCAUCAUUUAUUACGUUUAACAUCAUCAUGUUCACAAAAUCAUUUAUUAAAUGAAGAAAAAUUUGAUUUUUGUUAUUUACAUGAAUAUUUAAUACUUGCUUUGCAAGGUAUUGCAGCUGGUAUUCAAGGACAACAAGAUGGAUGGGCUGAUUUACAAAUCAAUGAUGAUGAACAAUAA